AGUCGGUUGUCGGUGAGUCGGUGUCUCGACAGUCGUUUACUACCCGUCCGACAUUGCGGUCGGUGCGUCCAGUUUUUUUCUCAGUGCACCUGUUCCUCCCUCAUAUAGUUACGGUUCCGUCUUUUGUCCGUUUUUAAUUUUGGCGCCAUCCCCUCGUUGUACCGAGUCGGUUUUCGUCACGUACUCCCCCGGCACCUCCCCGUAUCCGCACUGUAAUAAUAAUACUAUUAAACGAUCGUACCGAGUGCACGUGGUGAAUACAAGACGUAUUUAAUUAACCAGUCCUACCUAUAUCAAAAACGAGCAGCUCGCGCCCAGACGACCCGUCGUAUCAGAAUAAAGAAAAGUUUGCCAACAAAAACGCCGAAUAGUUUCAGCACUUUUUUACAAUUUGACAUGGUAGUAGUAGUGUCUGUGGAAAUCUGAGUGGUUACGGAGACUACGGGGACAUGUCGACAACCAGUGGCGGUGACACUAAAUUCAUGCAAGAGAACUCUGUGACCACCUUAUACGACGGUGACCGGACGGUUGCCAACCAUAGAGUGUCGCCACCGUCCUCGUCCAAUGCCGACAGUGGUUUGGACAAUUCUAACACAGAAUCAUCUGCUGGCGACGCUAAACUCAUUAUAGACGUUCCCGACUUUUCCAAAGAAAUGGAAACACCUCGCACGGGUAUUGAUAACCCGAGCUUUGAGACUGAUAAAACUGACGUACCAAAACCUAUAUCUAACGGGCAUAAUGGUACCGUUAAUCAAGAAAAGGAUAAAAUGGCUGAAGCUGUGAAUUUAGAAUUAAUUAAUAUGAAACCAUUCGGCAAAAGCAUUAAUGGCAAAGAAAAUGGAGUUCCCACGAAAAAAAAAGAAACAGCUGUCAAUAUGAAUGAUACUUACGAUGACUAUUUUAUCCCGGUGAAUGAACAUAAAAAAUACAUAAGGGGUGGAGAAAAAUUGUAUGUAACCAAAGAUAAACGAGAUAUGAACCAGUCUAAAAAACCAUUUAUUUGUUGGGUGUUUGGCUUAGUCUUAUUGGCUGCUGCUGUCAUCGUCGCGAUUUUAGCGUCAACCGGUAUAAUAUUCAACAACGAAACCGCAGUGGAGAGUCGGAAUUUCAUGGAGAAUGAGAAAAUUGCUGGUUUUGGUAAUCACCUUGGACAUUUCUCAUCAGUCAGCCCACCUCCUAGUGUAGAAAGUUCGAGUCCAUUUAGCCCUCCAACCACCGAUAUGUCGGGAGUUUACCUUCCUAGAACAGUACAAGGUGAAAUUGUUAUUGACAAUAUGCAAUUCACUCCUGACUUAGCAAACAAAUCGUCUUCAGAAUUUAAAACAUUAGCUAGUUCAAUCGAAACCGAGCUAAAAAAUGCUCUUUUUAAAAAACAACCGUUGAAUAGUGUUACUGAUGAUGUACAUAUUAAAGUCAUUGAAUUUUCUUCUGGAAGUGUAGUAGCUAAAUAUAGAAUAGGAUGGGAAUAUAAAGAUGAUAAUGAACCACAAGAUCUCAUUGAUGCAGUAACUCUUAACACUCGAUUAGAUAGUUAUUUACGGGAGACUAAUGGAUUUUUAUACAAUUAUAGAGUUCCUAUCCAUAGAUUGCGCUCAGAUCUUGUUAUGGAUAAAUGCAAAACCGAUAACGGAAAAUGUUCCCAUUACUGUUCUUACGAUUAUACAAGUUUAGAAUUUGUAUGUUCGUGUCCAUCUGAACUUACAAUAAGUGAAAAUAUGAAAGACUGCAAGCGAAUUAAUGGUAACCAUGAUAAUAUAGAUGAUAUUAACGAUAAUGAUAAUAAACAUAAUGAAGAAGACAGCUUUGACACUAAGUCCGAAUAUGAUUCUUUUUCGGAACUUGAACCUAGUUUGGUACCUGAACAAAAAUCGGAAGCAGAGCCUGAACCAAGUUCAAAGCAUGAUCCUAGCUCAGAACCUGAAUUGAAAUCUGAACCAGAGCCAAGUCCAGUACCUGAAGUCAAAGAUGAACAAAAACCUAAUUUUAAACCAGAAAUGGAGACUGAACCGGAGCCAAGUUCAGUACCUGAAGUAGAACCAGAACCAAAAUCAAGUUUAGAACCUGAAAUCGUUGCAGAAUCUGAUCCUAGCCCAGAACCCGAAGUGAAAGCAGAAUCGAAGCCAAGUUCAGUAUCUGAAGUAAAAUCUGAACCAGAGCCUAAUUCAGAACCAGAAGUCAAAGCAGCACCGGAGCCUAGCUCAGAACCAGAAGUCAAAGCAGCACCGGAGCCUAGUUCAGAACCAGAAGUCAAAGCUGAACCUGAGCCUAGUUCAGAACCAGAAGUGAAAGCUGAACCAGAACCAAGUUCAGUACUCGAAGUUAAAUCUGAACCAGAGCCUAGUUCGGAACCAGAAGUCAAAGCUGAACCAGAACCAAGUUCAUCAUUACCUGAAGUCAAAUCUGAACCAGAGCCAAGUUCUAUACCUGAAGUAAAAGCUGAACCCGAGCCAAGUUCUGUACCUGAAGUCAAAGCUGAACCUGAGCCUAGCUCAGAACCAGAAGUGAAAGCUGAACCAGAGCCAAGUUCUACACCUGAAGUAAAAGCUGAACCCGAGCCAAGUUCUGUACUUGAAGUCAAAGCUGAACCUGAGCCUAGUUCAGAACCAGAAGUUAAAGCUGAACCGGAGCCAACUUCUGUUUCUAGUGUAAAACCUGAAUCCGAAGUGAAGUCAAAUCAGCCAGAAAGUCCAGAACAAAAAAUAAAAUCAGAAUCAGAAAUGUUCACAAAAAUUGAACCAGACACCAAACCGGAACCGGAACCUAGUGCAGAACCAGACUCAAAAUCAAGUUCAAUUGACACUUUUGAAUCAUUAUCAGACGUAGAUAUAAGUUCUGACUCAGAUCUCGCGGAGCAAAAUAAUAAACCAUUUUCAAGUUCUUCAACAGAGACAUCAAUUUUAAAUAUGGACCAAUCUGAUAGAGAAGCAAAAUCACAUUCAGAAGAAGUAUUCAGUCAUGAAAUCAAACCUGAAAUGACUUAUACUGUAUCAACAGAGUCUGAAUUUGAAACGAAAACUGAGUUACCGUCUAAAGACAAUUCUAAACCCAAAGAAAGUUCUGAAUUGUUAGGAAAUGUUGAUUUGAAUGAUCCAGAAGAAUCCAGUACAGUUCCAUCGAUUACCGAAAAUUGGUUGACUACGUCUGCAUCUGUAAUUUCAGGUAUUCCUAAAUUGCCCAGUGAUUUGGAAGUAACAGAAAAAGAAAAUGGAUCUGCGGAAGAGGAAAUGAAGACAGAAUCUUUAGGUUUUGAACAAAUGGAAUUAAAAUCCGAAAAUAAAUCUACUAUUGAUUUAAUAUCGGAAUCCCACAGUAAAAGUCCAAUUGAAGAAAUAACCGAAAUUCCAGAACUAACUAUUUCAGACCUGACCAUUCCAACUAUAGAUGAAGGUACAACCAUGAAAGAAGAUAUGAAUUUAUCUAUUAAAGAAUUGGAAAAUAUUACGAGCGAACAUGUUACCGAAUUUAUUGAUAUGACCACUAUGGCUUCAACUAAUAAUCAAGAAGUAAUUAAUCCAUUGCAUAUCUCAACAGAUCCAAAUUCCUCAGAAAAAAAGCAUUCAGAUGAUUUGAUAACUUUGGAAAAAACAAGUAUACCUGACCCUACUAAAAAGUUACAGUCUCUAACAUCUCUGGAAGAUCAGAUAACUAAUUUAACCAAUGUUGAUGUCGUAAGUACAUCUACCCAAAGUAAUAUUGACAAUUUCAAUGAAAAUAGUUCACCUGAUGAACAAGAUACGAUAGAUCAAAUUAUCACACACUCGGGUGAAUCAAACUUUUCAGAUGUUGUUAAUGAAAAUGAUAAUAUGAGUGCCUUAGAUUUAUACCAAAAACCAGAGUCAAAAAAAAAAGAUAAAAAGACAUCUAAAAAUCCUGAAUUUUAUCUUUCUGAUAGUGGAUUUACAAAGAGAAACAAAACCAAAACAGAAAAAGAAAACAAAAAAAAUAAUAAAUCAGAUUCCAUAGAUAUGAUGCCAGAAUUAUUAAAUUCAAACAAAUGUGAAGAAGGACAAUUCCAGUGUAUAAACGGUACUACCAAGGACGGCUCAUAUUGUAUAAAAAUGUCGUCAAGAUGUGAUACAAAUAAAGAUUGUACUGACAACUCAGAUGAAUAUGACUGUGCUGAAAAUGCUUGUUCUGGAAAUUUCCAGUGUAAAAGUGGAGAAUGUCUACAAAGAAAUCUGGUCUGCAAUAACAUAAUGGAAUGCGAAGAUGGCAGUGAUGAACAGUCUUGUGAUUUAUGGAAGUGUACCAAUGACGAAAAACAAUGUACUGGUGGACAAUGUUUACCAUUAUCCUAUUUUUGUGAUGGAAAAUCUGAUUGUAAUGACCAUUCAGAUGAGCUACAAUGCAAUAGUACUUGUGAUGGGUAUCAAUGUUCUAACAGUUAUUGCAUAUCGAGUACCUUACGGUGCAAUGGAGUAAAUGAUUGUACCGGAGGCGAAGACGAACAAAAUUGUGAAUGUAAUUCCGACCAAUUUAAGUGUAAUACGGGGUCAGAAUGUAUUCCUAAAAACCAAGUUUGUGACAAUAUAGCACAGUGCACAGACCGAAGUGAUGAAUGGCAAUGUGUCCAACUCGAUGGAGCUCAACUUUUCGCAAAAAAAGAAAGCGAAGUCGCCAUGAAAGUAUGUAGUGAUAAUUGGACAGACACCUGGAGCAACUUUGUGUGUCAAAGUCUUGGAUUUACUGAAACAAAAACAACUAAUUUCCGAGCAAAUGAAAACUCUACCGAAAACGUUGUAGGUUAUCUUAAGUUAAGAGAUAACUCAACUUUAAAUAGUUCUAAGAGUUUGACGGGAUAUCUUGAACCAGCGUCGACAUCUUGUGAGACUGUGGAAAUCAAGUGUUCUUCUAAGCACCUGUGUGGAGAUUUUGGAGGCAAAGAUCCACUAUCAAUGGAAAUGUGGCCUUCAGUUGUCUACCUUCAUAACACAAAAACCCAUAAGUCAUGUACAUCUAGUCUUGUAAAACGGAAUUGGAUACUAUCGUCUUAUAGCUGUGUACAUUCUAUCGAUGAAUCUCUAUCUCCUGAACAAUGGGAAGCGGUUUCAAGCAAAUCUCGAGUAGCGAAUGAACAGAAUUUAACAAAAAGAUCGGUUUCUAGGAUAAUUAGUCAUCCUGGAGUAAAAUUCGAAAAAUUACAUUAUUUCAACGACUCGGUAUUAGUAGAACUUAGCAUACCGUAUGAUUUAUCAGACGAAGUAAAUACAAUUUGUUUACCCGAACAAGUUGUUGAUAACAAACAACCAUGUGUCACUGCCAGUUGGUCUUAUGAGUCUCCAGGAGUUUUCAAACAGUUUUCACGCUAUUUGUCUGAACCAUUAAUGCAAACAGAUUUGUGCAACUCAACUAAACACUAUAAUGGUUUCCUAACAGAAAAGGAAAUCUGCGUUGCUUCGGGAGAAAUGGAAGCCAGUAAUAUGGAAAUUGGAUCACCAUUAAUGUGUUUGGCGGAAAAUGGAUUGUGGCAGGUACAAGGCAUGCUCAGUUACCGGGGUGGUUACGGCCGAUCAUCAAAACCAUCGCUUUACAACGCAAUCGUAGAAUCUGUACCGUGGAUAGAGAACACAAUAGCAUUUGGUGUUUAACAUGUUCUCUCGGUCAGCCCCCCCCCCCCCCCCAUACGGAACUAAAUAAUUAACAUUUUAAUAUUUGCAAAAGUAUUUAAUAAUAAUAAUGAAACGAAAAUCUAUUAAACGACGGCCGUUAUAUUAUCUAAAGCGUCGUUAUGUAUACUUUUUUAAAAGGGAUAUUAUAUUCAUAUAAUAUUAUAUUAUAAUGUAUUUGAUAUUUUAAGUACCUACUUUUAAUUUUUUUUUUUUUUACUUAUGUUUUAAGAGAAAUUAAUCAUGUAAACUUAUCUAAUUAUACGGUAUAUUAUAUGUAUACGGUUAAUUAAUAUUUAAAUUCAUAGGCUUUUAUAAUGCGGCAUGUUUUUGACACGAGUAAAUAGCGAGUUGCCAUAUUGAUUUAUAGGAAUAUUAUUCAUGUCUGUAAAAUAUUAUCCGUCCAUUUAUUAUUAUUAUUAUUAUUAUUAUUAUUUUGUAUUUUAUAUUAUUAACCAGUAUAAUAAUAUAUACGAACAUGUUCCUUCGGUCGACCGUUUACAUUGUUUCGUGUGUUGGACACGCGAUCAUAAUAUUAUAAGCUUCAUUUAGUUUCGUUUAAACGACUGUAUGUCAGUCGUGCAACGGUCUCAUCGACGUAAACGCUCGUUAAAUCCCAAAAUUAUAUCUUUUAUACUUGUUUGUAAUUAUUAUAACAUUUUUGUAGUUGUGCUCAAGAAUAUUAUAUUUUAAUAUAUUAUUAUUUUA